CCAAUGAAGUUGAGUUAGAAUCAUGAGGGGGAGAGAGAAUUUUAAGAACGAGUUCUCAGCUAGGUCAGAGCGACGAGAGAAGUUUCAGUGGACUGAUGGAAACACUUGUUGAAGCUGCCCUAAGAGUAUUAAACACAUCUGAUCCAGUGGAGAAAGCGAAACUAGGAGAUGCUGUGGCUACUCAAUGGCUCCAAGGUUCCAUUCUGGAACCCUAUAAUCAAUCUCUUGAUUUAGAUGUCCCAGAUCGACCAGCGAGACUCGCCAACGUGAAGUUGGUGUCGCCAAGUCUCAUGCCGAAGCUCGGCAAAGCUGGGAGUCUACAGAGUAGACAAGCUAUAGUUCACAGUCUUGUGCACAUUGAAAGCUGGGCAAUUGAUUUGUCUUGGGACAUUAUAGCUCGUUUUGGUAAGCAAGAAUCAAUGCCGAGAGAAUUCUUCACAGAUUUCGUUAAGGUGGCUCAGGACGAAGGUCAUCAUUUCACACUCCUUGCAGCACGUCUAGAAGAACUGGGUUCGUUCUAUGGAGCCUUACCAGCUCAUGACGGGCUUUGGGACUCUGCCACUUCUACUUCCAAAGAUCUUUUGGCUCGUUUGGCAAUCGAGCAUUGCGUUCAUGAGGCCAGGGGACUUGAUGUGCUUCCUACAACCAUCUCCCGGUUCCGCAAUGGAGGUGAUAAUCAGACGGCAGACUUGUUAGAAACUGUUGUCUACCCGGAGGAGAUAACUCACUGUGCUGCUGGAGUAAAAUGGUUCAAGUAUCUUUGCCUGAGAGGUAAAGAUCAGGUGCUCAGUACUGGCUUAAGUUCUGGAGCUGUGGAGGAUAGAGAAACUGAUAUCCAGGAAGCAGAGCAAGAAACAGAAGAAGGUGACACCAAAAUGGUGAUUCAGAGGUUUCAUGAAGUUGUUAGGUCUCAUUUCAGGGGACCACUUAAGCCUCCUUUCAAUGCAAAAGCAAGGGAAGCUGCUGGAUUUGGACCUCAAUGGUAUGAACCUCUAGCUGUUAAAGAGUGAUGACUCGAGUCUCUACAAAGUUUCAGUGCGUUGUUUACUAAAUGUAACAAGAUCCAUAUGAAAAAAUUGAUUUUAUUGCACUAGCUUUGUUACAAAAUGAGAAGAGUAAUAAAUUUAUUUUAUUGCUUAUUACA